AUGUCCGACACAGCAGGUGAUAAAGAUUCAGAUGGAGAUCUGCGAAUCUCUCCAAGCAGCGUCGUCAAUUUCGUCAAAGAUAAGGAUGAAUACUCGAGCGUCUUGGAACUUCAAAAUGUCUCUAAGCAGCAUUUAUCCUAUAAGAUGAAAACUACGACUCCAGAGAAAUUCCGUGUAAAGCCAAGCGCCGGGGUGCUGUCCCCUGGUGAAAGUGCGACGGUCGUCGUUUCCAUUCAUCCAGCAUUUCAGCUGAACGGAUGCUCGAAAGACAAGUUCCUCAUCCUCUUUCUACCGAUCGAGUCUCCAACGAUGACCUCUCAAGAACUUUCGGAACUGUGGAAGAACAGUCUGAACAACAAGAGCAUCAGACAGCGUCGUUUAAGAUGCGCCGUGGAUGCAACAUUAGAAGAGCUCAAGGGCGGCGGCGGCGUCGGCGGCGGCGGUGGUAGCGGAGUCGACGCGCAAAUGAGACCGUGUUAUUCGAUCGAAAAGCAGCAACUCUUCGACCGCAAAUUGAUCGCCGAACUGAGGAACAACCAGUACGACCUUAACUUUAACGUGAAAAUGGUGAAAUACAUGAUGUACGUCAUCCUUUUUAUGAUAUUCAUCUUUGCGGUCUGCAUGUACAAAAUUAUAUUAACAAUGGUAACACAUAUUGCUUGUAACAUCCAACCAUCGCUAAUGGUUGAUGGCGGACAGGAGAAAUGA